UGAAAAUUAUUUAAUUUUCUUUACAUAUACACAUAUAAAAGUACUUUUUAUAGAUGAUAAAUAACUAAAUGACCAAUUGUCAGUGACAAAGUGACGUUAUCUUGUAUACACAUUACGAUAGACUAUUAUUCAAUUUUUUAAUAAAUUUAUCUGCUUUGCUGCUCAUCGAUCUACAUAUUUUUUAAAUUAGUUUGACGCUUUUUAUAUAUGAAUUUUACCUUACAUGCAAAUGAAGUAAUUCCAAUGAUCUAUCCUAUACUCAAUAUUAACAUCGUUAUUCCGAUGUUUUGAUGCACAACAGAUUGAGGCUGUGCUAGAUUCCAUUGAUUCUUUGAACACAUGCUAUCUUAUUUUAAAAUACGAAGGACUGCUGAAGAUGUUUCGUGUUGUAACGUUUUUUAACAUUGUUCGUGUAUUCGUUACACUUUUCAUUCUUCACCCUUGAUUAAUUACUAUCUUAUGUGAAAUAAGUUGUUAUUCGACGAAAAUUCGAUUUUGUUCUUUUAUAUUAUAUUUAUUAUUUACUUUGUCAUUGCUCGUUAAUUCUCGUGCAAUGUAUGCUCAUACAGAAAAGGCUAUUACAGUAUAUUGUAAUAUGAAAAGUGUAUUUCAUACAUGCAUAAACAGUGAUUGUUACAUAAAUGUUUGUAAUGAGUUCCUUAAAAUGAAUGGGAUGCUACUAUGUUCAUGUUAUGACAAAGGAUAGAGUUGGUUUAUAAUGUAAAUGGUGUUUAUUAUUUUAGGUUACAUAUAUUAUGCAGGGCAUAAGAAUUUAUUUCUUAAUGUCUGUUUAAAUUUCUUGUAUGUUCACUUGUAUAAUAUAAUGUCCAUAAAAUAUGAUGAAAUAUGUGUUUGCACAACCAAAGAGUCAAAGGAAGAAGUUACUUCUUCUCAUGUUUCAAUCCCAAAACAAAAUGACAAAGAACAUAACUUCUUAAAAGAUAAAAUUAAUUUUUGUAUGGCAUGUGCCUCAGUUCCAAGCAUAACAGAAAAUAAUAUUGAUAAAAGUUCAAUAUUAUUUGAUAUUCAAAAGGAACCAAAAAUUCCUCUACAAGUGAGUUGAAAACUUGACGGAUAUAACACAUUCUUCUUCCAUAUAUUCUUUGUACUUUUGUACUAGAUUGAUACAAAAUUGAACUGGAUGUUUAUAAGAAAAUAUUUUGAUUUGCUAUUAAAUAUUCCUCUAUAUUUCUGUUAUAUGACAGUGAGAAAGAUCAUGAUCUGAUUAUUAGAAAAAAGAGACAAUUUUGUUUUUGUAAUAAUAACGAAAGAAGCACAUUGAUUAAUAAAUUAUCCUAUAAAAUAAAUUAUCAUAAGCACUUACUAUGUUAUUAAGUAAAAGUGAAUAAAGUGAAUUCUUUAUCUAAAGAUAAGUAAAUAGUUACAAAAAAAGUUAUA